AUGAAACCAUCGAAAUCUAGACGUAAUGUUAAAGGAUUCACGCAACCUAGCUUCAUGCUGCCAACUUUUAAUGACCAACGUUGCCAGCCAUCAUGGAAAACAGAUCUUCCAAGUUUUUUGUCGAAUAGAAGAAGUAAUGUUGGUGGUGAAUCCCAGGUCGACAUCCUGAAGGAAAUAAAUAAAAAAGAUAGUAAAAAAAGGAAGUAUGAUGUCCUAAGAUCAUUUGAGAUGAACGAAACACGAAAAGCCAAAGAAAGUUUCCGACUAGAGCUUGUAGAUUUGAUACUUCGCGGUGAGGAGGCAGAUAACGAAUCCAUCGAAACACCAGGAUUUUCAGCUUCCAACUUGGGCUCAAUUAAAGGAAUUGAGGAUAGAGAGAAGAACAUACUGCGCUAUUACUACUAUAUCUACAAUGGUAUAAACACAGAUCAUGUGGCUCCUAUGGAUGAAAAAUGGAUGAAAAAUAUGGUUUCUUCAAUCAGGCCAGAUGUUUUGGAAAGUGCAAAUAUGGCAUUAUUAGAAAAAUUGGAAGACGAGAUACGUGAAGAUUAUUUAUUUAGUGUUAAAAAGGCAAUCGUGAAUUUUAUUAUCAAUGAUCCAUCAGAUAAACAACAAGCCUUAGGUGGAUCACAUAUAACUUGUGAUGAAAAUAAUGAAGAGUGUAAGAUUUCAGAAUCUCGAAAAGAAUUAGAUAUUGUACCGAAACCAUGGCAUUCAUCAUUUUUAUCUGCUUAUAGAUUCUGUCAAAGAAAUUUAUUUGUAACCAAUACUUGUAUGCUUCAGUUAUUAGAUCUAUGGCAUACAACAUUUGCAGAUCUAAGAUUAAUUGAUGUACAAGAAUUAUAUUCAAAAACAUCAGCUAUGGAACUGUCGGCAUUUCAACAAAUUUGUGUCAAACACAUUGAAGCAACGAAGGAAAGAUUAUUAAAAAAAUGGUUAAAUGAAAUACAAAAUAUAUUUUAUCAAGGGAAUAAACGCAAACUUGUUCCAACACAUGAUGAACCAGCUAAACUGGAAGCCUAUUAUCGUUGUGCAGCUACACUGAUGACAGAGAAUUUACAAAAUCUUGGUUUAUCUUCAAUGUCAGAUUACAAGGAUCUCGUAUGCCAUCCACCGAUCAGCCCUACUGGUCUACAACAUCCUGGAUUUAUACUACGUCUUGUCUUAGAUGAGAAUGUUGUAAAAUUUGAACCAUCGAUAGAAGAAUUUGAAAGUGUUCUACUGAAUAUGUUUGAUUAUAUGCAUAAAGUGAUUCAGAGUAUCCCUAGAAUUGAAACACGUCUCUAUUCUGAUUGGUCUGGUUCACUAGAAAAUACAACAUUACGUCCAAUUAUAUUAGAUGAUAUUCUAGAAGAGUAUAAAUAUGAAGUGAGAAGUAUGCUGGCAUCACAGGCUAAAGGACCAGAAUCACAUGCACGAGAAUAUGAUAAGUAUCAAUUUUUAGUUAAUAGACAAGCUGAGCAAAAUAUUGAAUUAUUACUAAAUCCUCCAGUUCAAGAAACUGUCGUUCAAGCUGUUGAAUCCUCUGAAGGUGAUUCACAAGAUAAUCCUGAUUAUAUGUAUGAACAACAAGAUGAGACAACGACAAGAAAUGUUGUGGAGCAAGCACCAAUUGGACCAUCUUUUGAAGAAUUAACACGUGAACUAUUGAAAUAUCAUCGUUUAGUUAAGAAAAUACAAUAUGAGUCUAGACGUACAAUUCGUUUAGGAUUGUUUGAAAUCCACUGUGAUGAAUUAAUUCAUUCUCUAGCUAAACGAGCUGAAAAUAUUGCAGAUCGUGUUUUAGACAGAAUUCUAGAAGAUCAUAGAAUUGUCAACAGAAAUUUAAUUAAAGAAUAUGAAUUUAUUAGUGCUAAAGCAUUAACAGUUCCAUCCGAUAUUGCACAUAUGAUGCAUAUUACUGAUUUUGUCAAUCAAACCGAAAAAGUUACUAUGCAUGAUUUAGAACGUCAAUUGGAUCGUUCUAAGGAUCGUUUAAUAUUUCUUAUGGAUCAUGCUCAAUUGAAUCCAUCUGAUAUGCGUAUUAAUAGUCAAGUAUUUGAAUGGCAUACACGUAUGACAGAUGUAUUUGAGGAAAGUCGACGUAUAGCAAAAAUGAAACGUGAAGAAUUUGAAAUUAGUUUAAAAUAUAAACGUGAACGAUUUAUUGAAGAAUUAGAAUCAUACAGAAAACAAGUUGAUGAAUUUCAAGGUUUCGGUGAUAUGAAUGAAAUACACCGGUAUUUAAAGAAAGCUCAAGUAUUAAAUUCAAAAUUAGACACUGCAUUAACUAAAAUAGAUGGCUUUAAUGCAGAUGAAGAAGCAUUACAAUGGGAUACAACUUCUUAUCCCCUACGUAAUGAAAUACAAAAUCUAUUGAGACCAUUUUUAAGCUUAUAUGAAAUUGCAGUGGAAUUUACUACUAAAUUUAAUGAAUGGAUGGAAGGUCCAAUGGAUAAAGUUGACCCAGAACAAGUGGAACUGGAAGUAGGCAAUCAUUAUCGUAAUUUGUUUAAACUAGAGAAAACAUUUGAUACACUUCCUGCACCAAGAAAAAUUGCUACAAAAGUACGUGGAAAAAUUGAAGAAUUUAAAGAAUACCUACCACUUAUUCGUACCCUAUUCAAUCCUGGUUUACGUGAAAGACAUUGGGUACAAAUUUCAGAAAUAGUUGGUUAUACACUGAGAAAUGAAGAAGGAAUGUGUUUAGCAAAGUUGAUUGAUAUGAAUCUUGAACCACAUAUUCCCAAAUUCGAUGCUAUCUCUGAAGCUGCUACUAAAGAAAACAGUCUUGAGAAGAUAUUGGAUAAAAUGCGUAAAGAAUGGGCACCAAUUGAAUUCAAUUUAAUACCAUAUCGUGACAGUGGUACGAUGAUUCUUUCUUCAGUGGAUGAUAUACAACUAAUGUUGGAUGAUCAUAUUGUUAAAACGCAAACAAUGCGUGGAUCUCCAUAUAUUAAACCGUUUGAAACUGAAAUCAAAGAUUGGGAACAAAAAUUAAUUUUAACUCAAGAUUUACUUGAUGAAUGGAUGAAAGUACAAGCCACUUGGUUAUACUUGGAACCAAUAUUUAGUUCACCUGAUAUUAUGGCACAAAUGCCAGAUGAAAGUAGAAAAUUUACAACAGUUGAUAAAACAUGGAAAGAAUUAAUGAAAAAUGCUAAUGCUGAUCGACAUGUAUUAGUUGUUAUUACAAUUGAUAAAAUGUUAGAUAAAUUUCGUAAAUCAAAUGAUCUACUUGAAGUUAUUUUAAAAGGAUUAAAUGCCUAUUUAGAAAAGAAACGUUUAUACUUUCCAAGAUUUUUCUUUUUAUCUAAUGAUGAAUUAUUAGAAAUUUUAUCUGAAACUAAAGAUCCAACAAGAGUACAACCACAUUUAAAGAAAUGCUUUGAAGGCAUAGCUUCACUGACAUUUACAAAAACAUUAGAUAUAACACAUAUGAAAAGUAGUGAAAAUGAAAUUGUUGAACUACGUGAUGUCAUAUCAACAUCAAAAGCACGUGGAGCUGUUGAAAAAUGGUUAUUAGAAUUAGAAGAUGAUAUGGUGAAUUCAGUUCAUUUAAAUAUUAAAAAUGCAUUUGAUGAUUAUAUGAAAACACCACGUAAAGAUUGGGUGAAAGCAUGGUGUGGUCAAGCUGUAUUAGCUGGUUCAAUGUAUUAUUGGACAUUGAAUGUUGAAGCAGCUUUACAAAGUGGUUUAAAUGCUAUGACAGAUUAUCUUAAAGUAAAUAAUCAACAAAUAGAUGAUACUGUUAGUAUGGUUAGAGGAAAGUUAUCAAAACAAAAUCGUACAACACUGCAAGCCUUGAUUGUAUUAGAUGUUCAUGCACGUGAUGUAUUAGCUGAAUUAAUAUCAUUAAAGUGUCGUUCAAAUACAGAAUUCUCUUGGCUUAGUCAGCUAAGAUAUUAUUGGACAGAUGAAAAGCUCAUAACACGUAUGAUUAAUUCACAUUUAAAUUAUGGUUAUGAAUAUCUGGGGAAUACUGGUAGAUUAGUUAUUACACCAUUAACUGAUCGAUGCUAUCGUACUUUAUUUGGAGCAUUACACCUGCAUUUGGGUGGUGCACCAGAAGGUCCUGCUGGUACUGGAAAAACAGAGACAACAAAAGAUCUUGCUAAAGCUGUUGCAAAACAAUGCGUUGUAUUCAACUGUUCAGAUGGAUUAGAUUAUAUUGCAUUGGGUAAAUUUUUCAAGGGACUUGCAUCAUGUGGUGCAUGGUCGUGCUUUGAUGAAUUUAACCGUAUCGAUUUAGAAGUAUUAUCUGUAGUAGCCCAACAAAUUUUAACAAUACAACGUGCAAUCAAUGCUAAUCAAACACGUUUAGUGUUUGAAGGUACUGAAAUUAAGUUAGAUCAAACAUGUGCUGUAUUUAUAACAAUGAAUCCUGGUUAUGCUGGUCGUUCAGAACUUCCUGAUAAUUUAAAGGCUCUAUUUCGUUCAGUGGCGAUGAUGGUACCAGAUUAUGCAAUGAUUGCAGAAAUUUCAUUGUAUUCAUGUGGUUUUGUGAAUGCUCGUCCACUUGCAAUAAAAAUUGUAGCCACUUAUCGUUUAUGCUCAGAACAAUUAUCUAGUCAGUCACACUAUGAUUAUGGUAUGAGAGCUGUGAAAUCUGUACUCACAGCAGCAGGCAAUCUUAAAUUAAAAUAUCCAAAUGAAGAUGAAGAUGUGUUAAUGUUACGUUCGAUUAUUGAUGUCAAUUUACCAAAGUUUCUUAAUCAUGAUUUACCAUUAUUCAAUGGUAUUGCAUCUGAUCUAUUCCCUGGAGUUGAACGACCAACUCCAGACUAUGAAGUAUUAAAUACUGCUAUUAAAAAUGCUUGUAAUCGUAUGAAUUUACAAAGUACAGAAUUCUUUAUGGAGAAAAUACAACAAGUUUAUGAAAUGAUGAUUGUACGACAUGGUUUUAUGAUUGUUGGUGAACCAUUCGGUGGUAAAACCAGUUCGUAUCGUGUAUUAGCAGCCGCCUUAGGUGAAAUAUGCGAAAAGGGACUUAUGGAAGAGAAUAAAGUACAAUAUACUGUUAUCAAUCCAAAAGCUAUUACAAUGGGACAAUUAUAUGGUCAGUUCGAUCCAGUAUCACAUGAAUGGUCUGAUGGUAUAUUAGCUGUCUCUUAUAGAGCAUUCGCUACAUCAACAACACCCGACAGAAAAUGGUUAAUAUUUGAUGGACCAGUUGAUGCUGUCUGGAUAGAAAAUAUGAAUACUGUACUGGAUGAUAAUAAAAAGUUAUGUUUAAUGUCGGGUGAAAUUAUUCAACUAGCACCAACAACUAAUUUAAUAUUCGAACCAAUGGAUUUAGAAGCUGCUUCACCGGCUACUGUAUCACGAUGUGGUAUGAUAUAUUUAGAGCCAACAAGUUUAGGCUGGAGGCCAUUGCUAAAUAGCUGGAUGAACAAGUUACCUCAUUGUAUUAAAGAUAUUCAUAAAGAAGUUUGGAUAGAUAUGUUCGAUAGAUUUGUUGAUGCUGGAAUUGCUUUAAUUAGAAAAGGUGGUGUAAAAGAAUUAACACCAACUAGUGAUAUUAACUUGGUUAGAUCAUUAAUGAAUUUAAUCGAUUGUCAAAUAUCAGAAUUCAAGGCUGAAAAUACAUUAACACAAUUUGAAGAUCAUGUGUCAAGUGCAAUCGUUGAAUGUAUUUUCUUCUUUGCUUACGUCUGGUCAAUUGGUGCAACUACAGAUAAAGAUGGUAGACAAAGAUUUGAUAAACUGUUACGUGAAUUAAUGAAUGGUGGUAUGAUGGAAGAGACAAGACAACGUUUAGCAUUAGUUGAAUUAGUACCACCACCAAUGCAAGACUAUGGACGUCCAUUCCCUAUUAAAAGGACAGUUUAUGAUUAUAAAUUAGUAAUGGAAUUAAAUAAACCUCGUGUACAGGCCAGUAACGAUGAAGAAGAAGUUGAAGAUGAGAUUCCAGUAAGAUGGGAGUUAUGGACUGAAACUGUACGUUUAGCUCCACCGAUACCUAAAGAUGCCACCUUCAAUGAAAUCAUUAUACCGACAACAGAAACUGUACGAUUGAAUCAUCUACUGAAUCUAUUCAUUCUAAAUAGCAAACCAUCAUUAUUCCUUGGUCCAACUGGUACUGGAAAAUCAUGCUAUAUAAUGGACUUUCUUAUGAAUAAAGUGGAUAAAGAUAUCUAUAAACCGCAUACAUUAAAUUUCUCUGCACAGACUAGUGCAAAUCAAACACAGAAUAUUAUUCUAUCAAAAUUAGAUCGAAGACGUAAAGGUGUAUUUGGACCACCGAUGGGUAAGAAGAUUGUUGUGUUUGUUGACGAUCUAAAUAUGCCUGUAAGAGAAAUAUAUGGUGCACAACCGCCUAUUGAAUUGUUACGUCAAUGGUUAGAUCAUUGGAAUUGGUAUGAUCUAAAGACUAAUGAAACCAUUCGAUUGGUUGAUUUAAUUUUCAUUGGUUCUAUGGGUCCACCAGGUGGUGGUAGAAAUGUUAUUACACCAAGAUUUCUACGUCAUUUAAAUAUUGUAACUAUAAAUGAAUUUGAUGAUGAUACAAUGAAGACAAUAUUCAGUCGGAUCAUGGAAUGGCAUAUCGCCGUUAAAGGCUUCAGUCCAGAAUUCAAAAAAAUGCCUUCACAAAUAGUCAAUGCUACACUUGAAAUCUAUAAAGGUGCUAUGCAAAAUCUCCUGCCAACACCAACAAAAUCCCAUUAUCUUUUCAAUUUACGUGAUUUUAGUCGUGUUAUUCAAGGUGUUCUGCUAUCAGUCCCAGAAUCAGCUGAAACACUCGGUUCUAUGAAACGUUUAUGGGUACAUGAAGUAUUUCGUGUUUAUUAUGAUCGUCUAGUUGAUGAUGCUGACCGGGAUUGGUUUUUCACUUUUAUACGACAAUGUGCAAGAACACAUUUAGAAGUUGAAUUUAAUUCCCUAUUUCAACAUUUAGCUGGUGGUGCAACAGAGGUCACUGAGGAUCACCUUCGAUCGCUAAUGUUCUGUGAUUUCGCUGAUCCUAAAGGAAAACGCAAUUAUGUAGAAGUACAUGAUGUAGAACAAUUGCGUAAAGUAACUGAAGCAUACUUAGAAGAAUAUAAUCAACUAAGCAAGAAACCAAUGAAUUUAGUACUAUUCCGUUUUGCUAUUGAACAUGUAUGUCGUAUAGCGCGUAUACUGAAACAGCCAAGAUCUCAUGCACUACUUGUUGGUAUUGGUGGUUCAGGACGUCAAUCACUUACUCGAUUGGCUGCACACAUGUCAGAUUUUGAUUUAUUCCAGGUUGAAAUAACUAAAAGCUAUGGUGUUAAUGAAUGGAAAGAAGAUUUAAAGCGUAUCCUACGUAAAUCUAGUGAAACGGACAAUCAUGCUGUCUUUUUAUUCUCUGAUGCACAAAUUAAACAUGAAGGCUUCCUUGAAGAUAUUAAUAAUUUAUUAAAUGCUGGUGAAGUGCCUAAUUUAUAUCCAACAGAUGAAAAAAUGGAAGUUUGUGAAAAAAUGCGUCAAUUGGACAGAACAAGAGAUAGAAGUAAACAAACUGAUGGAUCACCAGUAGCAUUAUUCAAUUAUUUUAUACAACGUGUUAGAGAACAAUUGCAUAUUGUAUUAGCAUUAAGUCCUAUUGGUGAUUCGUUUCGUAAUCGUCUGAGAAAAUUUCCUUCUUUAGUUAAUUGUUGUACAAUUGACUGGUUUCAGGCAUGGCCAGAAGAUGCUUUGACAGCUGUUGCUACACGUUCAUUAAAAGAAGUUGAAAUGACAGAUGAAAUACGUAGUGGAUGCAUUGAAUUAUGCAGAUUUUUCCAUACCAGUACACGUGAUCUAUCAAUGCGAUUUUUACUUGAGUUAGAACGACACAAUUAUGUAACACCUACAUCAUAUCUGGAAUUGAUUACAACAUUUAUGACACUGCUAUCUAAGAAACGAACAGAAGUAUUAACACAGAAAAGUCGCUAUGAAGUUGGUCUAGAAAAAUUGAGUAGUGCAGCAGAAGAAAUUGGUGUCAUGUCUAAAGAAUUACAAUCUCUUCAACCAAAACUUGUACAUGCUAGUAAAGAAGUUGAUGCAGUUAUGGUUGUCGUUGAGCAACAAAGCGCUGAAGCAGCUAAACAAGAGAAAACUGUACGUGUCGAUGAAGCUAUAGCUGGGGAACAGGCAAAAGCUGCAGAAGCAAUUAAAGAAGAAUGUGAUGCUGAUUUAGCUGAAGCUAUACCUAUAUUAGAAUCAGCCUUAAAAGCGUUAGAAACACUGACACCUGCAGAUAUAACUAUUGUUAAAACUAUGAAAUCACCACCAGCUGGUGUACGCUUAGUUAUGGAAGCUGUUUGUGUCCUCAAAGGUAUUAAACCAGAUCGUAUUAAUGAUCCAGGUGGAUCAGGUAAAAAAGUUGAAGAUUUUUGGGGUCCAUCAAAAAAACUACUUGGUGAUAUGAAAUUUUUAGAAAAUUUAAAAAAUUUUGAUAAAGAUAAUAUCCCACCACCGAUCAUAAAAACAAUCCGUGAACGCUAUAUACCAAAUCCAGAUUUUAAACCAGAACGUGUUGCAGUUGCUUCAACAGCUUGUGAAGGUUUAUGUAAAUGGGUAAUAGCUAUAGAACGUUAUGAUGUAGUAGCUAAAAUUGUAGCACCGAAAAAAGAAGCUUUAGCUAAAGCAAUGACUGAGUAUCAAACAGCAAUGAAUGCAUUAAAUGUAAAACGUGCUACAUUAAAAGAAGUACAAGAUAGAUUAAAAUUACUUACAGAAAAUUUAGAAAUGAAUAAACGUAAAAAAAUUGAACUUGAAGAUAAAGUUGAUACAUGUACAAAAAAAUUAGAACGUGCAGAACAAUUAAUCGGUGGUUUAGGCGGUGAAAAAACUCGAUGGACAGAAGCAGCUAAAAAUCUUGGUAUACAAUAUACAAAUCUUACUGGGGAUAUACUCAUCUCUAGUGGUUUAGUUGCUUAUUUGGGUGCAUUUACAUCAACAUUUCGUCAAGAACAAGUUAAGAUUUGGUUAAAUGAAGUUGUUAGUCAUUCUAUUCCAUGCUCAGAAACAUUCAAUUUGGUUAGUACAUUGGGUAAUCCAGUGGAUAUUAGAGCAUGGAAUAUUGCUGGACUGCCAACUGAUGAUUUUUCAGUUGAAAAUGGAAUAAUUAUUGCUAAUGCAAGACGUUGGCCACUGAUGAUAGAUCCAACUAGUCAAGCGAAUAAAUGGAUUAAAAAUAUGGAGAAGAAAAAUAAUCUACAAGUUAUCAAGUUAACAGAUACUGAUUUUGUGCGUACAUUAGAAAACUGUGUCCAAUUCGGUACACCAGUAUUAUUAGAAAAUAUUGGUGAAGAAUUAGAUCCAAUGCUAGAAUCAUUAUUGUUAAAACAAACAUUUAAACAAGGCGGUGCACUGUGCAUUAAAAUUGGUGAUUCAAUUGUUGAAUAUUCUUCAGAAUUUCGUUUUUACAUGACAACUAAGUUCAGAAAUCCACACUAUCUACCAGAGACAGCGGUUAAAGUGACUCUAGUGAAUUUUAUGAUUACAGAAGAAGGCUUACAAGAUCAGCUAUUGGGUAUUGUAGUUGCACGUGAACGACCUGAACUAGAAGAAGAAAAAAAUAAGCUUAUUCUACAAGGUGCUGCAAAUAAGAAAAAAUUAAAAGAAUUAGAAGAUCAAAUACUCGGUGUAUUAUCAGCAUCUGAAGGAAAUAUCCUAGAAGAUGAAAGUGCUAUUAAAGUAUUGAAUUCAUCUAAAGAAUUAUCAAAUGAAAUAGCUGAGAAACAGGCUUAUUUUGAAGAAACUGAACAAAAAAUUGAUAUAGCUCGACAUGGUUAUGUACCGAUUGCUGUGCAUACAUCGAUCUUAUUCUUUUCAAUAGCUGAUUUAGCUAAUAUUGAUCCAAUGUAUCAGUAUUCAUUAACAUGGUUCAUUAAUUUAUUCAUUAUGGGUAUUGAUAACUCUGAGAAAUCCGAUGAUCUUGAACAACGCUUGACUAAUCUACGAAGCUAUUUAACUUAUUCAUUAUACUGUAAUGUAUGUCGAUCAUUGUUUGAAAAGGAUAAGUUAUUAUUUUCAUUUCUACUAGCAGUAAAUAUGAUAAAACAUGAUGGUUUAUUAAAUGAACAAGAAUGGAGAUUUCUGUUAACUGGUGGCGUUGGCUUAGAUAAUCCACAUAUAAACCCAUCUGAUUGGUUACAACCGAAAAAUUGGGAUGAAUUAUGCCGAUUAGAUGAAAUUACACUGUUUCGUGGAAUACGUGAACAUUUUGAAAAGAAUAUCGAUGUGUGGAAACGUAUAUAUGAUAGUACUGAACCGCAUAAAGAGAAACUACCAUCUGAUUUAUCGCAUAUUAAAACACAAAUACAACAUUUAUGCAUCUUACGUGUUCUACGACCGGAUAAAAUUCUGCCAGCUGUACAAAAUUUUGUUUUAGAAAAUUUAGGCAAAAAGUAUAUUGAACCGCCACCGUUUGAUUUGCCUGGUUCAUUUGCUGAUUCAGCGGCUACAAUACCACUGUUAUUUGUCCUGUCACCUGGUGCUGAUCCUAUGAUAGCAUUAUUAAAAUUUGCUGAUGAUAUGGGAUUUGGUGGUAGUAAAUUUGAAUCCUUAUCAUUAGGUCAAGGUCAAGGUCCAAUUGCUCUGAAAAUGAUUGAACGUGGCGUAAAAGAAGGCACUUGGGUACUAUUACAAAAUUGCCAUUUAGCACCAAGUUGGAUGGGUAUGUUAGAAAAGACUGUUGAAGAAUUAAAUCCGGAUACAACACAUCCAGAUUUUCGUUUAUGGUUAACAAGUUAUCCAAGUAAAGAUUUCCCAGUAUCAAUAUUACAAAAUGGUGUUAAAAUGACUAAUGAACCACCGAAAGGUUUACGUUUCAAUUUAUGGCGAUCAUAUUUAAGUGAUCCUAUAUCAGAUCAAGAAUUCUUUCAAUCAUGCUCAAAUCAACAUGCAUGGAAAAAAUUGUUAUUUGGUUUAGUAUUCUUUCAUGCUAUUGUACAAGAAAGGCGUAAAUUUGGACCACUUGGUUGGAAUACACCAUAUGAAUUUAAUGAAACAGAUUUACGUAUAUCAGUACAACAGUUACACAUAUUUCUUGGACAGUAUACUGAAGUUCAAUAUGAAGCAUUACGUUAUUUCACUGGUGAAUGUAAUUAUGGUGGUCGUGUAACAGACGAAUGGGAUAGGCGAACACUGAAGACUAUAUUAAUGCGUUUCUAUUGUCCAGAAAUUGUCAAUGAAGUAGAAUAUAAAUUUGAUGGAAGUGGAAUCUAUUAUGCACCUGAAGAUACACAUUAUGAAGGUUAUAUUGACUAUAUAAAAACACUUCCACUGAACCCUGAUCCUGAUGUUUUUGGAAUGCAUCAAAAUGCUGACAUUACAAAAGAUCAACAAGAGACAAACUUACUAUUUACAAAUAUACUUUUAACUCAGUCCAAAGGAUCAUCUUCAUCUGGAAAGUCAGUUGAUGAAGUCAUUGAUGAAGUGGCUGGUGAUGUAUUAGCUCGUCUACCACCUGAUUUCGAUACAGAAUUAGUAUUGAGAAAGUAUCCAACACGUUAUGAACAAAGUAUGAAUACAGUUUUAGUCCAAGAAAUGGUUCGUUUCAAUGUGCUACUGAGUAUAAUACGUUCAAGUCUUCAGAAUAUUCGUCUGGCAAUUAAAGGAUUAGUAGUUAUGUCAUCAGAUUUAGAAGAUGUAGUCGCUGCAAUACUUGCAUCUAAAAUUCCAAAAUUAUGGAUGAGUAAAUCCUAUCCAUCUUUAAAACCGCUUGGUUCGUAUGUGAAUGAUUUUCUGGCACGAUUGAAAUUUCUUCAGCUAUGGUAUGAACAAGGUGCUCCACCAGUCUUCUGGAUAUCAGGUUUCUUUUUCACACAAGCCUUUCUCACGGGUGUACAACAGAAUUAUGCAAGAAAGCAUACAAUACCUAUUGAUUUGUUAUCAUUUGAAUUUGCAGUAUUAGAGGAUAAAAAGUAUACACAGCCUCCAGCUGAAGGCGCUUAUGUGUCAGGUCUUUUCGUCGAUGGUGCUAGAUGGGAUAGACAAACUAAGAAAUUAGCAGAAGCCUUACCAAAAGUUUUACAAGAUCCUAUGCCUCCUAUUUGGUUAAUACCAAUGAAAAAAUCUGAUAUUCAACCAAGACCUACUUAUUCAGCUCCAGUUUAUAAGACAAGUGAACGACGCGGUGUACUGUCAACAACUGGACAUUCAACAAAUUUUGUUUUACCAAUACUUUUAUCAUCGGAUAAACCAGAAAGUCAUUGGAUUAUGAGAGGAGUAGCAUUAUUAUGUCAAUUGGAUGAUUAA